AGGGAGAGGCAGAGAGAGAGAGAGAGAGAGAGUGAGAGAGAGAGAGCGAGCGAGCGAGAGAGAGACAGAGAGAGUGAGACAGACAGAGACAGAGACAGACAGAGAGAGAGAGUGAGAGUGAGACAGAGAGAGAGAGAGAGAGAGACAGAAAGUGAGACAGAAAGUGAGACAAUAAGAGUGAGACAAUGAGAGAGAGACAGAGAGCACAGAACUGAUUUACCUGUUGCCACACCUGUAUGUGUGUGUAUGUAUGUAUGUGUGUGUAUGUGUGUGUGUGUAUCUGCUCAGAGACUCUGAUCGCGUCUGAUAAUCAUGAUCUGUUAUAAUCAAUUAUUCUUCUGUAUUACUGCAGCAUCAGAACUUUGGCCAUGGAAACAUGAAAAAUCAACACUUUUUAUUUAACCUGGGAGUUCAGAUGAAUAUGAACUGUAGGAGUUUGAGUGGAGUUUAAACAUUCUGUAGUUUCAUCUCUAAACCAUAGACAUGAUUACUACAGAUAUAAGUUAGAUACUACAGAACAACAAUCCAACUCACAAGCCGAACGGAAAGACAAACAAGCAGCAAAAUGACCGAGCGCCUCAUCAUUAAACCUGAAAGAGUUGAUGAGAGAAAACCGCUCACUACCAGCGAGAACUUCCUAGACCUUCAGAGGACUGAUGGAGAUCACACAGAACCCAGAACCCUGCAAUGGCUCGAGGAUCGAGGAACAGACCACAGCUCACCUGAAGGACAGACGUCCAGCCAGGAGCAGGUGAGCCGAACGGAGAGUUCCAGAGAGCUGGAGAGAGGAGAGCACUGGAUGGACAUGGAGGAGAAGAAGAGUGAUGAUGAAAGAGGAGAUCAGGACAAUGGAGACGGCUCAUUGGCUGAUGAUGAGAAAGAAGAUGAUGAUGAUGAUAUCGGUUGCAAUUGGGUACAUGCGAACUGGAUGCCAGAGAAAGCCGGACAGCUCUUCACUCCAAACGUAAUGAUAGUGCAGCCGACUUGCCAUCAGCAGGACCUGAAUGAAAGCAGUGUGAUCAAAGAGGAGAUACAGAUGGAGAAAGUUCCUCUAUACACGCAAAACUUUCACAUGAGCCAACCAAAACAUUUCCACCCACAGUGGAUAGAAGACAUUGAAAAACCCAAAGACAGUUGCUGUGGAGAGAUUGUAAGAGUGUGUGUGUUUUUUACGGCUGCAGCAGUUAUUUUCCCGUUACUAACAUGGGGCGGGUACAAGCUCCUGCCCUUUAAUAUCCCUCUUCUCGACAGAACCCCCUUCAGGCUGGUCUACACUCUACGCUGUGCGUUUUUCGCCACCAUUCCAAUAGUGCUGGGUGUGUUGGUUCAGGGUGCGUCCCGUCUGUGGUUUGGGACCCUGAAGCCGCUGUUUGAUGGGACGUGGGAGAUUCGUCAGGUGGCCGUUCACAGUCACUACGUCAGAGAGUCCCUCCACCUGUACCUGCUGUAUUUCAUGCAGCUCGCUGUCAUGGCAACCUACAUCCAACAGGAGAUGCUCAAACUGGUGCCGCUCCUCACCAUCAUCUUUGUGAUUGGCAGACUGAUUUACUGGGUGUGCGUUGUUUUUGGCAGCAGCGUGCGAGCUCUGGGUUUCGGCCUCUCCUUCUUGCCCCUGCUUGCCCUUCUGGGGGCAAACCUUUACUUCAUUGGCUCAGUGGGCGGAGUGGAGGCGGUGUUUGUUGUGGCCCCUCCCACUACACCCCCACCCCCAAAGCUGAGAUGGUGGGGGUGAAACCGAAGAACAAUAGAGAUCCGAGUUUCAUGUUUUGAGACGUUCAGUGUUCGAAUACUCAGUUGUGUUUGCUUUGCUGAAUUUUCACUUGCACUGAGAGUGAUGAUGUUGAAUGGGACUCAAACUUACACAAACUCAAUAUGCACCAUGACACUGAUCAGUUUAACUUGUGAUUGUGAUUUACUCAGUAGUGGGUGAAUCUCAGGACAUUUUCAUCUUUGUUUACUAUUGUUGUUGUUUUUGUUAUGCUGUCAUUAUAAUUUGAGACAGAACACAGAUUUGGGCCGUAACACUAAUGUUUACUAAUGUUUGUGAAAAUGCAGUUUAUGAAAUGUUCAUGAAAUGAAGUUGAUCAUCAAUGUCCAGAUUUAAUCUGAGUUUAAUAAAACCAAAACACUCCAUCUUUAUAAA